AUGAGAUCCGAGCCGUCGAAUGCACGAUUCGACGGUUUGAAUGUGCUCAACACGGUGCUGUACACCUUACUGCACACCACUAACUCGAAGUCCCUCCUAGCUAUGGAUCCUGGUGGCCCUCGUAUGAAAUUAUCUUUCCAUCCCCCACAGGUUAAGGAAGCCAAGGUCGUUGUGUGCCCUCCUGAGGAUGUAGUUGAGGCAGGGAUUGCUAAAUGGAAUAACUAUGUAGUCAGGUAUUUUCUAGACAAGAAGUUACCAUUUGGUGCUGUUUCGAAUACUGCUUUCCAGAUUUGGAAGAAAUUUGGUAUCCAAAAGGUUAUGUCUAAUGAGCAGGGCUUUUUCUUUUUCAAAUUUUCACAAGUUAAUGCUCAUAAGAGGGUCAUUGCUGCUGGUCCUUGGCUUUUUGGGGAUAAACUCCUAGUCCUUAAACCAUGGACUCCUCAGAUGGAGCUUCGGAAGGAGCAAUUUGCCAAAGUCCCUAUCUGGGUUCAAUUGUAUCAAGUUCCUUUGGUUUUAUGGAAUGCAGCUGGGUUGAGCUAUAUAGCGAGUGCUAUAGGAAUACCCCUCCAUGCUGAUGCUUUAACAGAGAGCUGUCAAAGGCUUAGCUAUGCUCGACUGUGUGUUGAGGUUGAAGUUAGAUCUGUCUUGCCAGAAAUGGUUGAUGUGGAAUAUUGUGGCCUAUUUGCAACUGUGGGGGUUAAGUACCCUUGGCGACCUGUGAAGUGUUUGGAGUGCCAUCUUUUUGGCCACUCUGAAGAUCAGUGUAUUGUUAAAGCAAAGGUGACAAAGCCUAAAACUGAAUGGGUUAGGAAAGGCCUCUCUUGA